UAGCAGUUGAGUCAUUUCUUAGGGCAAGGACUUGAUUUGGCAAUGACUCCAGUGGAUGGCAUUGACAAUCUUUCAGCUGCUAGGAUAGUCUUGAAGACGAGCUUAGAGAAUUCACGAGCUCUUGCCUCAGCUCUAGACAAUACUGGCCAAAAAUUGGAGGGGAUAAAACAAAGAUUGCCAACAGUGGGAGCCGCUGUUAGACAUGUCCCCAGGAAAAAGUGCACAUUUGUUGCAAUUAGAGAGCAUAUUGAUUGUGCCAUCGGUCCUGCUGCAGCAGUGCUGAAGGUGUAUGAUACCAUUCAAGAGCUCCAGAAGUCACUACUAUCACACCCGUGUUCUGAUCUUUCCACUUACUUGCUGAUGGUGAAACAGCUUGAGGAAUCAUUGAAAUUUCUGACUGACAACUGUAGGCUAGCAAUUCACUGGCUGGAGGCUGUUCUUGAGUUUCUGGAAAAUGCAGUUCCUAAUGAUCUGUACAUCAUGAAGGUCAAGAAGUCUUUAAGCAUUCUGCAAGAGUUGCAAGCUACCGAGAAACGUGCUCGGCUCAGUGGGGGUGUUCUUUGUGCUGCAUUCGACAAACUCGAAAUUGAAUUCAGGCGGCUUCUUACUGAAAACUGCAUCCAUGUUGUUUGGGAUUUUGUCUCAUCUUCCAUUGGAGAUCAAGCCUCCACUGCUCCAUUUCCUCUGCAAGUGGCUGUUGUGCAGAAGCUUAGGGCUAUUAUUGGCAAACUAAAUGCAGAUAACAGGCUUGAGAAGUGUAUCUCAACCUAUGCUGAAAUCCGGAGUUUGAAUACCAAGAGAAGUUUUCAAGCUCUUGACUUGAAUUACCUUGACCUGUCGAUCAGCGAAUUCGGUGACGUACAAGAUGUAGAGUGUUACAUAGAUCAAUGGUGCAAGCAUUUCCAGUUGGCUAUAAAGCCCGUUUUUGAAAUCGAGUACAAGCUUUGCAGUGAUGUUUUUGAGAAGAAUGGACCAGAUGUUUGGAUGGACUGCUUUGCAAAAAUCGCUAUACAAUCAGGAAUUCUUUCUUUCCUCCACUUUGGAAAGAAAAUUACAGUGUGUAAGAAUGAUCCAAUCAAGAUCUUGAAGCUAUUGGACAUUUUUGCGAUCUUGGAAAAUCUGAGAGUGGAUUUCAAUAGACUUUUUGGAGGGCCAGCAUGCAUUGAAAUCCAGACUCUGACUAGGGAUCUCAUCAAGGGAGUUGUUAAUGGUGCUUGUGAAGUUUUCUGGGAACUUCCGAUCCAAGUGGAGCUGCAAAGGCGAAGUUCUCCUUCUUUAAAUGGUAGUGUUCCAAGGCUAGUAAGCUUUGUAACGGAUUACUGCAAUCGUCUACUAGGGGAUGAUUAUAAGCCAUUACUCACACGGGUUCUGACAAUUCAACAGAGUUGGAAACAAGACAAGUACCAAGAAGAGCUUAUCACCAGUCAGAUUUAUUGCAUAAUAAAGCAGAUUGGUCUAAACUUGGAUGCAUGGUCAAAAGCCCACUAUGAUUUCACGUUGUCCUACCUUUUCAUGAUGAACAACCAUUGUCACCUUUGCAGUUUGAAAGGCACAAAGCUUGGAGAUUUGAUGGGAGAAUGUUGGUUGAAAGCUCAUGAACAGUAUAGGGACUAUUACAUGACUCUUUUCCUGAGAGAAAGUUGGGGAAAAAUAUUUAAUCUUCUUAGCCAAGAGGGUCGAGUUUUAUCUUCUCCUACCGGGGGAUUCGUGGGGGAUUCGGUCAAGAAGAGACUAAAGUCAUUCAAUGAGGAGUUUGAUCACAUGUACCAGAAGCAAUCCAAUUGGGUUGUUCCAAAUGAAGACUUGAGGUUGAAGAUGUGUAAACUUGUAGUCCAGGCUUUUGUACCUGUUCACAGGAGUUACUUGCAGAACUAUGGGUUUCAGGCAGAAACUGAUGCUAGUCCCGGCAGACAUGUGAAAUAUACUACGCAAGGUUUGGAAACCAUGCUCAGCUCUCUCUUUCAGCCAAAGCUAAGCAAGUCUGGCAGCACCAAACAAAAUCGCUUGAUUGAUAAAAUAAAAGAUAUUGUGACAGAUAACUUUCGGUUGACACUUCUGGCUACAUAAUUCUUUCUACAUGAAAGGGGUCUGAAAUAUUUUCCUGUUAAAUUAACGUCUCUUUUUUAAUUCAAAAUUGGCAUGUUUUUUGCUCGUAAGCGUUCGGAUGCAAUUUUCAUGGAUUAACUAAUUUCUCUUCCACUCGUCUGAGACUCUUUUAGAAAUUCUGCAAUUCAAUAUGUUUUCGUGCUAGAGCUCGAAAAUCUGCAACCGAUAUGUUUUCAUGUUAUAGCUAGCUCCUGUC